AAAGAGACAAAUGAGUCAAAUAAGCAAUGGCAUGUAACAAAGUUAUUUAAUUCUCCACAAUGGCAAUGAAGACCUUCUGUCCCCAAAUAAGGCACAGGGAGUUUGACGUAGGAAACACUGAAAGGGGGGAAGAUGAGGAAAAAAACACUGACUGUUUUCAGCCGCUCUCCCGCUGUCCAGCUUGUAACAAAGGAUAUGAUGUGGCCCUGAUCUUGCCGUGCUCUCACACCAUGUGUGGUCGCUGCAUAGCAGCUGGAGAGAGAGCAAGCUCAGGUCAGUCUCUCCUCCAUUGUGUCGGCCAAUCUAUCUGCUCUGUGCUGUGCCCCUGCUGUCGACAUCCUGUGGAGCUGCCAUGCUGGACUUGGUCAUCUGCCACUUCCUGUCUGCCAAAACAUCCCAUACUGAGUCCUGCUCAUGUCAGCACCGAGACAGGCACCAAGAUGGGAGCAUCUGAAGACCACAUUCAGCAUGUGCAGUGGGACACAUGCUGCAGGGAUGCAGCAAAAGAAAGAGCACAAAGCUGCUUACAUGGUUUCAAUGCUGGCAGUUCCUCAAUAAGACCAGUGGAUGGUGUUGUAGACCUGCAAGAGGAGGAGAUGCAGCAGUCUGUCUUCGGACUGUGUUUUGCUCUGGAUCCUUCCAGUGUCCCUCCGUCCCUCCAACUUUCCAACACAUCCCUCACUGUCACCUACCAAGGCCCUCCUACCCCACCUCCAGAUAACAAGGACAGGAGGUCAACGAUGACCUCUGACCCCGGGGUCCCGGGGUCCUGUUGGCAGGUCUGCGCUGAUGUUGUCAUUGCACGGGGACAGUAUUACUGGGAGGUGGAUGUCUGUAACAGCUCCACAUACAGGAUUGGUGUGAUCUCAUUGGAUGGUUACGGUGCCUGGUGGCUGGAAAGGCAGGGCUUGUCUUUUUGUGCGGUGUACGAUGGGAGCUGGGAGCCGCUCUACACUGUCCCGCCCCGGAUCAAAAACAUCGGGGUCUUCCUCAACAUUGGAGGGGGAACCCUGAGCUUCCACAACCCUCUGACCCAGGAGCACCUAGCCACACUGCCUACCCGCUUCAGCCCCGCUGGAGUGCUCCCGGCUCUGGGCCUGGGCCAAGGCCAGCUGAGGCUGCGCUGCAGCCUGCCUCCUCCUCCCCAUGUUUUCCUCAGUAAAGAUUCAACCUACAAAGGGCCUUGUGUGGCCAGGGGAGACCAGUGGCGCAGGGGGAUUCCUUUCCAGUCUGUGAGGAAAGUGAUACAGAAGUUUGAGGAGUUGGCUGUGACCGAAUCAGACUCGGGCCUGGUGUCCAGUUUGGGAUCACCCUGCUCCACCUUGGCUUCCCUUUCAGAUUUGGGGACUCCUGGGAUGUUUCCCUCUAGGCAUGCAGGACAGGAAGCUGGAGUUGAAUAA